AUGUGUGCGUGUGGAGGUGGGAGGGGCCACAGCGGGGGGUCCUCUGACUCAUCAUCAGUGACAUGGGGAGGGGUCAGCGACAAAGACCCCAUUAAAGAGCAUAACACAGGCCCUCUCCUCAUGACCGCGGGCUACAGGUGGCGCAGAGACGGCAGCGGCAAAGUGGGGGGAAAGAACAGAGGGAGAGAGAGAGAGUCAAUUUGUGUCCCCCCCCCCCCCAACACCCCCACCCGUCCAUCUUUAAGCGAGGUCAGUCCUAAUGGCGUCCUUAACCUCCGCACGGUGAGCCGGCCCCCUCCCUGUCAUCUCCACACUGUCCCAGCACACGGCGGCCUCAGUCAAACAGCAGCUUUCAGCUUCAGUCCAACAUCAAGCCCCAGCCCUGAGGGGAGCGGCCCCCCCAUGAGGCCCCCCACUGGGACCAACACUGGCUCCUGUGUCCCCUACCAGAAGCUCCACCUGCGCCCAGCAUCCACUCCAGUUUCUGCACCAGUCUGA